CUUUGGGACUUAGCGAGCAUGGUGACGCGCCUGGGAUUUGGUGCUGCUGUGGAGCCGUGCGUCUUUUACGCGUUGGUUUGGAUUUGUAGCAGAGAUAUGUUUUAACACUUCUUUUUUUCUUUUUUAAUCCACGAACUGAGUUGCUAAAUGAAAUAUGUCCGCUCAAGGAUUGCUAAGCAGUGUUUUCUCAUGCUCGCUAAGUCCCAAAAGUAUUUCCAAGCGGAGGCUGAGGCAGACCAGGAGCUUGGACUCGGCGUUGAUGCGGCAUUACGGUACCGAAGCGGAGGAGAGCUUGUUUAAGGGUGACUUCACCUGGAACAGCGUGUCAGGGCGUAGCGUUGGCCUGAAGCCCGUCCCCUUGCAAAGCCUCUCGGAGUUGGAGAGGGUGCGUCUCCGGGAUGUGGCCUUCAGGCGAUUACUUCGGGGUCAAGACCUGGGCUGCCACAUCAGCAUUCCUAAAUAUGGCCACAAGCACAAGAAGUCACUUAGGAGGAAGCUGGAUUCAUUAUCUAAGGAGAAGAGUAAGGACAAAGAGACUACGCCACAGGCGUUUGGCAUACCGCUGUCGCAUGUCAUAUCCAACGACCGCGUGCACAAGCUGCGGCACGAUCACCCGCGGGAGGAGCACAGUGACCCCACAGAAUUGAUGCUAUCCUUCCUUCAUCUGAACUCGAGCUUCAAAAGGGUUAACAAAGAGCUUUCCAGCAGUAACUCGUCUCUGAGCUCCACUUCUGAAACCCCUAAUGAGUCACCUCUGCCCAGCACACCAGACACAGCCCCGCGGACGCGCAGGAGGGGCGGGGUGUCUGUGGAUUGCAUCACUGACCUUGAUGAUAACCAGUCUCGGCUCUUGGAGGCCCUCCAGCUGUCUCUGCCAGAAGAGGCAGCUGGAAACAGGAAGAAGCACCACGAUAAAAAGCUCAGCCUCAACCCUAUUUACCGACAAGUGCCCAGAAUAGUGGACCUUUGCUGCCAGCACCUGGAAAAAUACGGCCUGCAGACAGUUGGAAUUUUCCGCGUUGGGAGUUCCAAGAAGAGAGUACGACAGCUUCGUGAGGAAUUCGACCAGGGAUGGGAGGUGCACAUGGAUGAGGAGCACAGCGUCCACGAUGUAGCUGCACUGCUGAAAGAAUUCCUCAGAGACAUGCCUGAGUCACUCCUGACCAGAGAUCUGUACACAGCCUUCAUCAACACAAUGUUGCUGGAUUAUUCAGACCAAGAAAGUGCCCUCCAGCUCCUGAUAUAUUUGCUUCCUCCCUGUAACAGCGACACGCUGCAGCGCCUCCUCUGCUUGUUGUCCACUGUGUGUGCACAUGCUGAAGACAGCCUGGACAAUGAGGGACAGGAGAUCACAGGUAACAAGAUGACGGCGCUCAAUUUAGCCACCGUCUUUGGACCCAACCUCUUACACAAGCAAAAAAACUCCGACAAAGAGUUUGCAGUUGAGAGUUUUGCCCGUGCAGAGGAGAGCACGGCCAUCAUCGGCGUGGUCCAAAGGAUGAUCAAUGCAUAUGACACGCUAUUUAUGGUUCCUGCUGACCUGCAGAAUGAGGUGCUGAUGAGUUUGCUAGAAACCGAUCCAGAUGUUGUGGAUUAUCUGCUGCGGAGGAAGGCCUCUCAAUGCUCAGAGUCAGGCCUUCUUAGACCAGAAGAGUCCUUCUCUCUGACUGAGAGAUGUUUGUCCAGUGACUCCCUCAAAGCAUCCAGCGGAGAGGUAUCUCCGUACGACAAUAACUCACCUGUCCUGUCAAAUCGACUGCUGCGUAAAUACCCAGAGGACAGCGGUCCGCUCUCAGAAAGGGUCAGCAGACCUUGUGGGCAGUACAAACUCAAAGGCCAUUCAAAAGAUGGAUCUGGCAGCACCUCUCCUACCCUUUCCACUGACAAAGAGCUGUCAACGGACAGUUUCUGGGACACCUGGCAGGAACUGCUCAGCAAGGAUUUAACUGGCUACCACAUCACUGGCUCCCUUGGAGACGCGUCGGAAUGUGACUCGUACGGAUCAUCGGAGGGGUUGAGCAGUCACCAAGGUAACAACAAGCUGCCCGUCAGACCAACACAAACGUCAUUGGGCGUUUUGGAAUGCAGGCCACACCUCCCGGUGACUCGCAGCAGCAGUGGUCCUCACGACCAGAGAGAGCAGAGACAGCCAGAAACAUCAUUACAUCAGGCACUGAGCAGCCAAUCAGGAGCCAUUAGCUCAGACAACUUGGCACAAAGGACAGGAUGCCCUGCAUGUCCAUUGUAUAAGGUCAGGACAGACAGUUUGUCUCCCUUUCACUGCUCUGGACCUCUAAGAGAGACUCACAUUUCUCACUCCACACCCUCCCUCUUCACGUAUAAGCCUGACCCCCAGAUCCCACAACAGUCCCAGCAGAGCCCUGCCCUCCAGACUGGAGAUACAACAGAUGCCUCUGGGCCCAGAGAAGAAAAGAGCCCUGUUCCCUCAAACUGGCAGACAGAGAGGUGGCAUAUAUGGCAGAUGCUGUCAAAAGAAAAUCCAGAAGCACUGCCAGAAACCUUGGUGUGAUGCACCUUUAACUUCAAACUGUGGAUAACUUCUAUCCUGUCACCUCAUCAGCUCCUUAUCAUCUGUAAAUGCAGUUCAGUUUGUAUUUCAAAUGCUGAUCAAAAUGUACAGCAAUUAUUAUUGUCAUUUUGCAAAGUGGAGUGUUUAACUGUACAUAUUUAACGCAUGCUUUUGAUUUUUUUUUGUAGUUUAUUGUACUGUGUUGUACAAUAAUUAAAUGCAAAAUAAAUAAUAAUUUACAGCAGCCAUCAAAAGCUUGCAUUUAGACUUGAAUGUCAUAAUUAGACUUGAAUGUUUUUUUAAUGUUGAAUGUAAAGAACAUAAAUCCUCUUUAUAUUGUAGUAAUGCUUUCAAUCUAAAGUUCCUUAAUGUGUACUUUAGCUACUUUAAUACCGAGCUUUGUUGCAGCCAGGCUGUAAUCUGCUCACUUGAGGAAAAGCUGCAAUUUGUGUCUGUGUUACAGUCCACAUUUCAAUUUAUUUUUUUUCCCCAGAAAAUUAAAACUGGAUUAUUAUGUGUUUUCAUAAUGGGUUAUUGCACUAUUUUAAGUGAAUUGUCACAUUUCAGCACUCAUUUUGUGCUUAUCAGCCCUCCUGCUUCUGUGUUUGAUGCAAAGUAAUAACUGUUAAAGGAGCAUUGUUUGUAGAGAUGAAUAUAUAUUAUUUGUAAAUUUGCAGUACUUUGUAAUUUAAUAGAAAUCAAUCCUGUCUUCUUUUUUUUAGAUGCCACUUAAUAAAUCGACUUUGAUUUUC